CAAAGACAACUCUGUCUCUAUCACCAUGUAUUUGAUUUUAUAUACAUCUCUCCAGAGUAAAGCAGGAAAACUUCCACAACAUCAUCUAUCACACACUAACACACAGUAGAUAGGAAACAUAAAAGUGUCAACAACAAAACCGCCUCCCAUUGCCUCUGUGACAGCAUGUUGGCAUCCCAGCCAUUGAUUGGUUGUGACUGCUCCCUCUCCCCGUACCCUCUGUCCCGUUCCCAUUUAAAGCUGAGCUACAAUAGACUCAUUCACUCUCUCAAAAACAGCCUUACAAAUCCCAAGAUCAAUCAUGGACCACUUGUCUCAGGAAACAAUCAAGGAGCUGAUCCUCCAGUCUCAGGAGGCGAAGCAGCAAGCCUACUGUCCUUACAGCAAGUUCAGAGUGGGAGCUGCCCUCCUGACCAUUGACAACGUUGUGUUUAAAGGUUGCAAUGUGGAGAAUGCAUGCUCCAACCUGGGGGUGUGUGCUGAAAGAAAUGCUAUCUCAAAAGCAGUGUCUGAAGGCUACAGAAAUUUCAAGGCAAUUGCAAUUGCCAGCGACCUUAAAGACCAGUUCAUCUCCCCGUGCGGUGGCUGCAGGCAGUUCAUAAGAGAGUUUGGAUCAAACUGGGACGUGUACCUGUCAAAGCCCGACGGCUCGUACCUGAAGAUGACUGUGGAUGAGCUGCUGCCCGUCUCCUUCGGCCCUGAAGACCUGACCAUGAAGAAAGUAUUUGAAAUUUCCUAACUAGUGCUGAGCCUGUAUUGUUGUACCGCACGUGCACACAACACACACAACACGCACACACAGCAGUAGUUAUAUUUAUGUUAAAUAUGUUUGUGUAUUAUGUGCUGAUUGUAAACGUCACAUAUUUAAAUUGACUUUAUGUAUACUGUAAUAUUAACAUCAAGAUAACUAUUAUCUGGAAAAUGUUUAGUGCCUUAGUGAAUCAUUUACUUACAUUAACAUACAAAAACUUCUUAAUUUAAAGAAGCAUGACGGAAAAUGAUAUAUCAUAUCAAGACAUUUUAAUAAAUAAGCUGUUUUAAAAAGGAGUUCCUUUUAAUAAUUUACACU